AUGUCUGAUCAAGACAUUCACCCAAAUAAAUACAGCGAAUUGCGAAGUAUCUAUGAAUACUAUAUCGACUCAUACAUUGCAUUGUAUCAACUGAAAACAGAAAAAGAAGAAGAUUUAAGCACAAUUUACAAAAUGAUCAAAACAGAAUUGAUUGAUUCAAAGGUGUGUCUUCCCAAAAGUCUAAUCAAAGAUAUUUUGAAUAUCAUUCCGUAUAAUAAUCGCUAUACAAAGUCAUAUUUAUCACUUGCCAAACUCAUAUCUGAUGAUUAUCAUGUGGAAGAGGUCACAAGCAUUCCAGUUGUUUCCAACUUCUUGUUUUAUAAAGAAUAUGGAAUUAAAUUAGACAAAUCUGCUGAUUUUGAACAAAAUGAUUUGUAUAAUCUCGAUAUUCAUGCAGAAAAUACAAUUUACACAGCAAUUAUGAAUAAUGACAAAGAAAGGUUCAUCAUGUUUACAGAAAGAGAUGAUUUUGAUGAAAAACAAUCACUUUUAAGUAAUUUAUAUCCAGAUUAUUAUUACUAUUAUUAUUAUUUUUAUUCAUUACUUGAAAUAUGUUGUUAUCACGGAGCAGUUGAUUGUUUCAAGUUAUUAAGAACGAAAUUUAACUCAGAAAUAACUCAAAGAUGUCUUCAUUUUUCAUUUUUAGGAGGAAAUCCAGAGAUCAUGAGUGAAUGUUUGAAAUAUCAGAAACCAGAUUCUGAGUGUAUGGAAUAUGCAAUUAUUUCACACAAUAUUGAUUUUGUUACUUUCUUGAUGAAUGAAUAUAAUAUAAAGAUCAAAUUACAAGACUGUACGAAAUAUAAGAAUCUUGAAUCAUUUUUAGUUUAUUUCGAUCAAACUAAUGAUAUUAGAUAUUGCUAUACAUAUUCAGCGGUGUUUAAUAUUCCAUCCCUUUCCGAAUAUUUCCUUUCACAUGGUGUAAAUAUCAACGAAAAGAUUCAUAAUGGGUACACUGCUCUUCAUAUUGCAGCAAAAUGUAAUAGUAAAGAAAUAAUCGAACUUCUUAUUUCACAUGGUGUAAAUAUCAACGAAAAGAUUCAUAAUGGGAACACUGCUCUUCAUACUGCAGCAAUGUUUAAUAGUAAAGAAGUAACCGAAGUUCUUAUUUCACAUGGUAUAAAUAUCAACAUAAAGAAUUGUUUAGGAAAAACUGCUCUUCAAACUGCAACAACAUAUAAUAGUAAAGAAAUUGUUGGACUCCUUAUUUCACAUGGUGCAAAAGAAUAA